AUGAAGCUGUUUCUUAUUACCAGCGGUUUAGGCCCAUCAAGAGCGCGAGCGGGAAGUGAUCCGCACAAGAUGAUAUCAUCAACGAUCAGUCGAUACGCAUGUCGAAUAAUCAUUGAUCGUGAGAACUAUGACAAAGCGUUCCUCUACGCAGCAGGAUUUGACUCUGUUAAAAACAUUUUCCUAGGGGAGAAGGCAACAAAGUGGAUGAAGAAAAAUGGAGAAAUGGACGGGUUAACUACAAACGGGAUAUUGAUUUUACAUCCGAAUAGGAACACGGAGGAGUUGUCGGAUGAGGAUGUGCCCCCGAUGUAUGUUUGGCGUGAGGUUUCCGUCGAUGGUGACAUUUACACUUUACGCGAGACACGCAGCAGCAACGCCAGAGGUGCAUUGGUCCCCGAGGAGACCAAUAUGUUGCAGGACGGCUCCUUGAUUGACCUUUGUGGCGCGACGCUCUUGUGGAGAACCGCAGAUGGGUUGAGAAAGUCGCCUACCGCCCAAGAAUUAGAGAUGGCUUUGGACAGGCUGAAUGCAGGAAAGCCCCAGUGCCCAGUGAAUCUCAAUACUUUAAUUAUCCCAAAGAAAAAGAGCACUAAAGGAGGCGGGAGCCGGCAGCCUUACGUCUAUUUGCGAUGUGGUCACGUGCAGGGUAAGCAUGAAUGGGGUCAUCACGCGACGCCGACUGGACAGCAGUCCUACAAGUGUCCUAUAUGUCUGGCUGAAAGCGAACGAGUGAUUCAGCUGACGAUGGGAAUGGAGUCGUCAUUCCAUUUGGACUCUGGCAAUCUAGACCACGCUUUUAAUCCUUGCGGACAUGUAGCAAGCCUCAAUACUGUGAGGUGGGUCUCUAAAUCUUGCUGUUGA